CUGUACUAGCUAGAGGUCACGUCCAAAAUCUAAACUGAGAACCACGUUUGUCCCUAGUACGGUAUCCCAAAAAACGGGCUACUGACCACUGCACCAACUUGCAGAACAGCUGCUUCAACUGUGACUCUUCGACAGAUUACGACAGAAGAACCUACCGUGACAGCGCCAUGACAAACGGUCCUCCACCCUCCCAAGCAGGUCCCUCACAACCGUCAGAAACGUCAGCACAACAGCCGGCCCAUAUAGUCCCUGUUCCAGCGUCUAGUACGACUUCGCAACAGGCUAUAACAGCAGGUCCUUCCUCGCAGCUUCAGCCUGUACAAUAUGGGCCUGCAACUCAAGGGCAGAAUCCUCAAGGCUACUACGCGAUGAGCUACACGCCUGGUGGGUGGCAGAACGCGUGGCAGGUUCCCUCCUACCCGUACAUCGCGUCCGGUAGUGUACCAGGGCAGCAGACACACUACACUCAGGUUCCCUAUCCUCAAUAUCAACCCCCUGCUGUAACCUACCAGCCGCGUCAGAGGACCAAGGUUACACAAAAACCGCGUUCACCGACCCCAGAGCCCGAGUUACAUCGACAUUGGGAUGAGGUGAUACGGUCGUUCUUGAAGAAGGUUGGGAUGAAUCAAGCUUUGAGGGGGUUUGAGGAUGAUAUGGUAGUUAUGAAUGCAGAUUGGGAAAGGCAGAAGGUUCCUGGUGCUAUUGGAGAUUUAAUGAAGGAUCUCAUGAACUUGGGGAAACCGAAAGGCAACGAAACGCUCCAAGAACGACCACUGGAGGAGCGAAAGCUCGAUUAUGUUCAUCUCUCUGGUAGUGCCAAGCCCCAGUCUCAGACGUCGAUAACAAGGUCAAUAUCCCAAUUCCUCGCGCAAAAUCGCGCGAGGAACGAUGUCUCUAAUCGCACGGAGUUUCUCGAAUCUCUCGCUCAAAAGCGACGGCGGCUAAACCUUGAUCCAGACAGCACCGAGCCUAUACCUUCAUGUGCACGGACAGAUGCAAAGCACCUUGACCGCGACGUGCAGAUGAAAUAUGAUAUUGCGAAGAAUGAAGAUGGACCUCUCCGACGAACCAUGAAAGGUGUCGCCGGCGAUAAGGGCAGACAGAAAGAGCUUCUCGCGCUACAUGAUGACGCAGAAGGCGAUCAACAACCUGCAACGGACCAACGGGUGAAGAAUAUCGAAGAACAUCUUGCCGUCCGCUACGUCCCUGCUCCACCACGAACGCUCCUGUCUCGCCUCCGACUGCUUGAGGACCAUCUCAUGCAGCUCGAGAAGGAUUAUCCCCCGUGGGCUGCUUUACAUUUCAACCAGCCAAAUCGUGGUUGGCCUCCGCCUCCGCGACACACGCCAAUUAUAGUUCCUUCGCACAUAACAACAACAACAACAAAGGAGUCUAAGACUGAUACUACACAACAGGAGCCAUCAUCUUCCAGUCCUACCGAGGAAACAUCACACACGAAAGCGAAGAACAAGAAUAAAUCUAGUUUGCACCGAGCUGUGAUGGAGAAAUUGGAAAUACAAAAGGCGAUGAGUGAUCUUGCAGGAGUCCGCAAGUCCAAUUGACAGUACACGUGGCUAUAUCUGUCGAAGGAUCAAUGGGCGUAACAUUUACCUUGUUAGAAACAUCCAGGAACACGUUCAACGUGUGUGAUCCGCAGUCAGUGUCGUCCACCUGGUCGUUCGCGUAUAUCAGAGUACAACCAGUGUAGUGUUCUCUUAUUCCGCAGCCAGUAUCCCCUUUCUUCCCCGUGGGUCCACAGCCAAAAAUAACCAAUAGAUUUAACGUUUGGUUAAACUCAGUUAGCCGACACUUGCAUGACGUAAUGUGUAGCUGACGAUCUGAUGCCUUAUCCAAAACUGUUUCAUCUUGGGCUCGUCG